AGCUGAACGAGAACAUGUCCAAUGGGAAAGACGCAAAUGCUGCUCAGAACAACUCCACCCAGAUGACCCUAAAAGAGAGCCUAGAUGAGUGUAUGGAGGCCCUGGAUCUCUUCCUGAACAACCGUUUCAAUGAGAGUCUGGAGGUGCUGCGGUCAAAGUAAAGCCUAAGAUUUGUUUCUAACGUGGAAUGCCAUUGUGCACAUUCAUAUGUUCUAGUAGGAGGUCCAUUGUCUUGGCCUCAGGUGAUGCUGAGAACUGGUGUAGUAAUUCACCUCUUCCAGAAACAAGUCCAGAGAAAGGCAGCCCUGCUAAAUAAACACAAGCUCUGAGAUGUUCGCAGAGGUGCAAGACGUUCAAAGAUCCUUAAAGUAAAAGUACCAACAGAGCAAUGGGGGAAAUCCUCGUGAUGUAAAAGCUUCAAACAGUGAUGUACAUGCAACCUAUCCUUCCCCAGGAAAAGUUCUGAUACUUUUUUGUUAACGUUUGAUCGCAUGAUGGUGAGCUUUGAUGUAAUCCUCCAUCUUGGCAGUCAAAUUCAUUCAUUUAUUCAGCAGAGCGUAAAAAUAUAUUUAAUGCAUUUGACAUGCUGCUCUCCAGCUGGUGCUGCUGUCAUAAAAAAAAAAAAACCCUGCUGGCUUUUCCUCCCUAUGGAAGGACGGCAGUGACAAGCACCUAUUAGCUCACACACAACCCCAGUCCCCUGAUGAGAGUGGGUGAGAGUAUGUACCAUGCGCUUAUCUAUGCCACCGUGCUGGAAAUGCAGGCCAUGAUGACGUUCCAGCAUGAAGACAUUUGCAGUGCUGGAGCUACAAUGAAGACUGCACAGGAGCUCUGUCAGAGGUUUCGGCGGAAAUCCCAGAGUUCAUUAAACAAGUCAGCAGGAGAGCCACUCACUGAAGAGCAGCUCCAUGCUGAAGUGUGCUUUGCAGAAUGCCAACUCCAAAGAGCUGCUCUCACCUUCCUACAGGAUGAGAACAUGGUGAGUUUUAUCAAAGGUGGGAUCAAAGUACGAAACAGUUACCUGAUUUACAAAGACUUGCAUUCCUACGUCAAAUCUCAAACCUGUCUCAAAGGACCCAGCCACGUUCACUUAGAGGGUGGGAUUUCUUUUGGAAUCGGAGCAUUUAAUCUGACACUUUCUUUAUUCCCUCCUCGAAUAUUAAAAGUUUUGGAGUUUGCAGGAUUCUCUGGGGACAAGGAUUACGGUUUGUCCCUGCUGGAUAAUGGUGCGAGGGCACUGAAUCUACGCUCCAUGCUGUGUGCUCUGCUACUGCUUUGCUAUUACACCUUUCUCACAUUCAUAUUAGGAACAGGAGAAGUACAUGCGGUAGAAGCUGAAAGGUUGCUGAAAAUAUUCAGGAUUCGCUAUCCACAGGGAGCGAUAUUCCUCUUCUUUGCUGGCAGAACAGAAGAGAUGAAAGGAAACAUCGAUGAGGCGGUGGCACUAUUUGAAGAUGGCUGCAAGGCCCAACAGGCAUGGAAGCAGUUCCACCACAUGUGCUAUUGGGAGCUGAUGUGGUGCUUCACCUAUAAGCGAGCGUGGAAGAUGGCCUACUUUUAUGCAGACCUGCUGAGCAAGGAGAGCCGGUGGUCGAAGGCUAUGUACAUGUACAUGAAAGCUGCUUACCUCAGCAUGCUGCCAAAGGACGAGGAAAGGCCCUUUGGUGAGGAUGAGGUGGACCUUUUUAGACAAGUGCCUGCCUUCAAGCAGAAGAUAGCAGGGAAAUCUCCCCCCACUGAGAAGUUUGCCAUCCGUAAAGCUCGUCGCUACAAAGCCCACUGCCCAGUCAGGCUAACAGUGCCAGUGCUGGAGAUGAUGUACAUGUGGAACGGUUUUAGUAUGAUCAGAAAACGACCAGAGCUCACUGAAGGCAUUAUGCAGACUCUGGUGGAGGCUGAACGCACCCUGUUGGAGUCUCCAGAAACUGAGUUUUUAAUGGACGACCGUUGCGUCAUCCACCUGCUGAAGGGAAUGUGUUUGAAAAACCAGGGUCUCCUCCAGGGUGCUGAGGAAUGCUUUCAUAAAGUGUGUUCUAGUGAGAAGAAGCUCAGGUUCGACCACUACCUCAUUCCCAACGCUAUGGUGGAGCUCAGUUUACUGUACAUUGACCAAGGCAGAGGGGACGAGGCCAUCAAACUACUACGCAAGGCCAAACACAACUACAAAGAGUACUCGAUGGAAUCUCGAACACAGUUCAGGAUUCACGCCGCUCUGGCCAAACUGAAGGCUGGCUCUGUCGACGGGGAGGAAGCUCAUCUGUCUGGAGAUCUUUGAUCAGCGGAGACACCCUCAGAGUCACCACCACCAACUCCCACUCUUUUAGCUGAGUUUUUAACUCUCAUCAGGUAAAUACUGGGCUUCCGUUCAGGUUUGCCUUCUUUAACUCGUGAACACACUAUUUGCUGAUCAAGGUGAGGCCCGAGUGGCUUCUCGUUGUACAAAAGUGUUACAUUUUCAAUUGGACUUCACAUACUUUUAUAAAACAGGCUUGUGUGUUGUGUAGAAGACAUUUCAUGUAUGAACAAUUGUUUACAUGUACUGUACACUUUCAGAAAAUCUAAAUCAGCAGCUGAUUAAAGGCACUCUAAAUGACAUGUAUAGCCACUCCACUAUUUUGACGAAUUUAUAUGGCAAU